AUGCUGCACUCCCCACUGAAAACAGCACUGGCCUAUGAGUGCUUCCAGGACCAGGCCAGCUCCACGCUGGCCCUGCCCUCGGACCACAAGCUGAAAACCAAGGGCACGGGCAAGCAGCGGGUCCAGGAGCAGGUGAUGAUGACGGUCAAGAGGCAGAAGCAAAAGUCAUCAGUGUCAUCAAGCGUGGGCCAUUCAAACCGAGGUUCCAUGUACGAUUGUUUAGCUGAUGGUUAUGGCUAUGGAACAUCCCGGGGCAGCUACUACACCAAAACCCAGACAGGGAACAGCAACUGGGGUUACCCGCUGUACAACGGGACGCUGAAGCGGGAUGUGGAGAGUCGGCGCUACAGCUCCUACAGCCAGAUGGAGGGCUGGGCCAGCCGGGCCCACGGCAAGGCCCUGUGCAGCCCCCGGGCUGGCAGCGACUACUGCUUCGUGCAGAACAUCAAGAGCAGCCGCAGCGAGCCCGACCUGUACUGCGAGCCGCCCCGCGGAACCCUGCGCAAGGCCCACGGCGGCGGCCGGGCCGAGCACAAGGCCACCCUCAACCGCCAGAGCAUCUACAGCAGCUGCAGCACCCAGCAGGGUACCAGCAGGACCAGUAAAAAAAUGCCAGCACGAGCCCUGUCCUGCCCCUCGAGCAACAAGCCCGACGUGGUCUAUGCCCAGCCCAUGAUGAGCUGCAAGCAGGACGGGGUCUACGGUCAGCCCCAGUCCAGCUCCAAGAUCUGUGGUGAUGAGAUUGAUGCUGGCACCAUGACCAUCCAGAAGGCCAUCCAGCUCCUCUGCUCCUCUGAUGACAAGUACCAGGCCAUGGGGGCUUACUACCUGCAGCACACCUGCUUCCAGGAUGAGUCUGCCAAACAAGAGGUCUAUCGGCUGGGGGGCAUUGCCAAGCUCGUGGAGCUGCUCCGCAGCCAGAACCAGAAUGUGCAGCGGGCAGCAGCCGGGGCCCUCCGGAACCUGGUGUUCAAGAACCCCACCAACAAGAUAGAAACACGGCGGCAGAACGGGAUCAGGGAGUGUGUGGGCCUCCUCCGCAGGACAGGGAACACAGAAAUCCAGAAACAGCUCACAGGACUGCUCUGGAACCUCUCCUCCACUGAUGAACUAAAGGAAGAGUUGAUACAGGAGGCUCUGCCUGUACUGACAGACUGUGUUAUCAUCCCUUUCUCGGGCUGGUCUGAUAGCAGCUGCAACAGGACACGAGAAAUUAUUGACCCAGAAGUGUUCUUCAAUGCCACAGGUUGUUUGAGGAACCUGAGCUCUGCAGACAUGGGGCGCCAGACCAUGAGGAAUUACCCCGGCCUGAUCGACUCUGUCAUGACUUAUGCUCAGAAUUGCGUGGCCUCCAACCGCCCUGAUGACAAGUCUGUGGAGAACUGCAUCUGCAUCCUGCACAACCUCUCCUACCGCCUGGAUGCUGAAGUUCCCAACAAAUACACCCAGCUCAACCACAUGGCCCGGAGCGUUUACAUGGACAAAACUCUCACAGGCUGCUUCAACAGCAGGAGUGGGAAAAUGGAGAAUGAUGAGUACGGGGUCCCCCUUCCUGAGGAGGAUUUCAAACCCAAAGGCCCCAGUUGGCUUUACCAUUCAGAUGCCAUCCGCACCUACCUGUCCCUGAUGGAUCAGAGCAAGAAGGAUGCCACCCUGGAAGCUUGUGCUGGAGCUCUGCAGAACCUCACUGCGAGUCGAGGGCUGAUGUCCAGUGCCAUGAGCCAGUUGAUUGGGCUGAAGGAGAAGGGGUUGCCCCGCAUCGCUCGGCUGCUCCAGUCCAACAGCUCUGAGGUCGUCCGUUCCGGGGCCUCUCUGCUGAGCAACAUGUCCAGGCAUCCUGUGCUCCACAAAACCAUGGCUCACCAGGUGCUCCCAGAUGUGUCCCGUCUCCUGUCGUUCCAGUCUGGAAACACCAGCAGCUAUGGGGAGAUCAUGACAUCAGCUUGUUACACUCUGAGGAACCUCAUCAUGUCCAACCCCCACCUGGGAAAGUCUUACUUGUCCAGCAACUUGCUAAAUAAUGUAGUGAGCCUGUGCCGGAACGGCUCCUGUCCAAAAGCAGCUGAAGCUGCUCGACUUCUCCUGACAGACCUUUGGUCCAACAGGGAGCUCCAGAGUGUGCUUAAGCAGCAAGGGUUUGAUAAGAACAUGAUGGGAUCUUUAGCUGGAACGACCUUCAGGACCCUCUCCUCUAGAUUUUAG